GAUGACAGACGUUGUUCAUUCCUGGAUCGAGAAUUUUCGAGCAGACCUCAUCGAUUUGCGUGCGAACUCACCUAGUCGUCCCCAGCUUAAGCUGGGGAACACAGCCGAGCUCCGUGACCUCAGCCAAGAGGCCACAAAGCCGGAUUUGCUGCGCGAGAAGACCCAGAAUCUCGCGAAGGCCGUGGAUGAGUGGGCUGCCCGACGAGAGCUGCGCGCUUCCUUCUCCUUUCGUGGCUUUCUGGGCGAGAGCGUUCUGAAUCCCGUGGCGGAUGCCUACGAGCUUCUAGUACGUCUGAGACAGCUCACGAGCCGCAUCAAAGUCCUGCACAUGGCCGGCUCCGUCUCGCGACCGGCGGAUCUCGCUCCAAAGGCGCCGCUGUUCGUGGGUGGCGCAACGAGCCUCUGCCUGCAUGUGCUGCGGAAGCUGGGCGUGACGCACAUCCUCAACUGCACAGAAGACCUCCCGGCUCCCAGCGAGGAGGAGUUGGGGGAUCUCCAUUGGCGGCGGCUGGCCCUACCCGACCAUGAAGACCAGGAUUUGUCAGAGACCCUGAAAUCCGCCUUGCAGGUGGGACGCGAAGCGCGGAAGAAGCUGGAGGAAAGAUUCUUGUCCACUGCCACGAAGGUCGCUGGGAUGAGCCUUAUUAGACUGAGAUCUAUUCUUGUCAGAGGUUAUAUUUUUUGCACAUCUGCGCCCAAAUCCUAA